UCACAUACCUACACAGCUCCUUCAAUUUACGCCUCCCACGUUCUCUCUACAUUACUCUUUCCCUUGAGAACAUCAAACUUUAAACCCCAGAAACAGUAAAGGAGAAAGAGAAGAAGAGAGAACAAAAAAACCAAAGAAGCAAUGUCUUAUUCUUCCCUCAAAUUGCCAAUCUUUCUCAUCCUCUCAUCUCUUCUCCAUGCAGCUUUAGGGGAGGACAUCGUUUGCGAGAAUCUACCCACGAAUAUGUGCGCGUUCUCGAUAUCGGCCUCUGGGAAAAGAUGUUUAUUGGAGACAGCUAACGUCACCGGAGAAUACACUUGCCGGACUUCUGCGGUGGAGGUUGAAGGUAUUGUAAACCACGUGGAGAGCGAUGAAUGUGUAGCCGCUUGUGGGGUUGAUCGGAAAACCGUAGGGAUCUCGUCGGACGCAAUGAUGGAGGCAGGAUUCGCUGCUAAGCUUUGCUCUCCGGCUUGUUUGGAUUAUUGCCCUAACAUUCUUGAUCUUUAUUUCAACCUCGCCGCCGGUGAAGGUGCAUUUUUACCUGAUCUGUGCGAUGCUCAACGGAUAAAUCCUCACCGUUCGAUGUUGGAAAUCCUCAGUUCCGGCGCGGCUCCUGGGCCUGUCUCCGAGACUGCUCCAGGCCCUGACUCCGACUCCGACUCCGACUCCUCAUCCCCUGCUCUAGCUCCGGCUGCUAUGUAAAAUUAAUGUUUGUCAUGGUUUAUGUUUAAUAUUUUGGAUUGGUGCUCCACAAUGGAUCAUAUCUUCAGUUGAUAUGAUUUGAUGAUAGAUCAUCAAUUGAUUCAUAUGUGAGAAGAGGGUACAGAGUGAGUUUGUUUUUGGUUCUGUUUUUUUUGUUUACAAAAACAUUUUCCCAUAUAAUAAUUAACAACUUUUGUAAUAUCAUUAAUGUUGUGUUUUCUUGUAUAAUAUAUAUACUAAGUGGCUGCAA